AUGUAUUUAGUAUCUAAAUGGUCGAAAAAAUGAUAGCCGCACUACAUAUUGCUUGGACUGCUCAUAAACGUUAUCAGAAAGCAAUCAUGGAUAGCCAAACGUUUCGUAAGCGUGGCAACGAGAUGGUGGAAUAUAUUUGCAAAUAUAUGGAAACGCUAAAGGACCGACGCGUCACACCCAGCGUCGAACCCGGUUAUCUGAGACAUUUAAUACCCUCUGAGGCGCCAUACGAGCCCGAGGAUUGGAAUAAGAUAAUGAAAGAUGUUGAAGAUAAAAUAAUGCCUGGUGUCACACACUGGCAGCAUCCGCGAUUUCAUGCUUACUUUCCGGCGGGCAAUGCUUAUGAAUCGAUUUUGGGUGAUAUGCUGGGCGAUGGCAUCGGUUGUAUUGGCUUCUCGUGGGCAGCAAGUCCGGCAUGUACGGAGCUCGAGACUAUUGUAUUGGAUUGGUUGGGCAAAGCCAUCGGAUUACCAGAUCACUUUCUAGCGUUAAAGGAGGGUAGCACCGGUGGCGGCGUUAUACAGACUUCCGCUUCCGAAUGCGUAUUGGUCAGCAUGUUGGCGGCACGCGCUCAGGCGCUCAAGCGUCUAAUGGCACAACAUCCUUUCAGCGAGGAGAGUCACCUACUCUGUAAAUUGAUUGCCUACUGCUCGAAGGAGGCGCAUAGUUGCGUUGAGAAGGCUGCAAUGAUAUGCUUCGUGAAAUUGCGUAUUUUAGAGCCGGAUGAAAAUGCCAGCUUGCGCGGCCGCACAUUGAGUGAGGCCAUGGAGGAGGAUGAAAAACAAGGUUUGGUGCCAUUCUUCGUUUCCACUACACUGGGCACUACCGGCUCGUGCUCUUUUGACAACUUGGAGGAGAUUGGCAAGGAAAUACAAAAGUUUCCAGGUAUUUGGUUGCACGUGGACGCUGCCUAUGCCGGCAACUCUUUCAUCUGUCCCGAAUUGAAGCCGCUACUAAAGGGCAUCGAAUAUGCUGAUUCAUUCAAUACGAAUCCCAAUAAAUGGCUAUUAACAAAUUUCGACUGUUCAACAUUUUGGGUGCGCGAUCGAAUCCGCCUUACAUCAGCACUUGUCGUGGAUCCAUUGUAUCUUAAGCAUUGCUAUGAUGAUGCAGCAAUUGACUACCGUCAUUGGGGAGUUCCACUCAGUCGGCGUUUUCGUUCAUUGAAAUUGUGGUUUGUUUUGCGUUCAUAUGGAAUUUCGGGAUUGCAGAAUUAUAUACGACGUCACAUCGAAUUGGCCAAACGUUUCGAACAACAUGUGCUGAAAGACAAACGCUUUGAGAUUUGUAAUCAAGUCAAGCUUGGGUUGGUUUGCUUUCGCUUGAAAGGCAACGACAAAUUAAAUGAGAAACUCCUAAGUAACAUUAAUGAAUCCGGCAAAUUGCAUAUGGUACCUGCUAGCGUUAACGAUAAAUAUAUCAUACGAUUCUGUGCAGUGGCACAAAAUGCCACCGAAGAAGAUAUCGAUUACGCCUGGGAGACCAUAGUCGAUUUUGCUAAUGAAUUGCUUGAAAAGGAACAGCACGACGAACUAUCAGAGAUCAUCAAUCGCAAGAAGGAGGAUACGUUGGCGAGGAAGCGCUCGUUUUUCGUACGCAUGGUCAGUGAUCCUAAAAUUUACAAUCCGGCCAUCAAUAAGGCUGGCACACCAAAUUUGUCAGCGGAUGUUGCAUCACCAGUGGUGGGUCAUAGCACAAAUCCUACUAUCAGAACACAAACAUCGACAGAACGCAACUCGUGGAUUUCCUGGCCAUUGGCAUUCCUCUUCAAUAGUAACAACAACAAUGAUGAAGGGGGACAAAAAAGUAAUGUUUCGUUGCGCUUUCGUCAUUUAGACACAAAUGUACGACCGACUUCGUCGAGACGCAAUUCGGGCGCAACAUCUUCACCAUCACCAGACAAUGAGCUAAGCUUUGUUAAUUUGAAAAAGUCACCACUUAAGCCAGCUACACCGUCGCCACGCAAAGGUGGGCUCUCACCAAACCCGACCAAUAAUCACACAUAAAUAGUGUUAUUUCUGAUGAAGUUUUAAAAUUUAAAAAUCAAAAAUAUAGCUAAAUUUCUUUUCUCAAAUUUA